UCCGAAGCGUGAUUCUAACGCGUGGAAUUAUGAUUACUGCUCAGGAUCCUCACUUCUGUACAGCUCACCACCACCCGAUCUCUCUCCCCUUCCCCCCUCCCCCCUAUUUAUGCUCCGCUUUCCCCCUCACUUCUCCGCCCUGUAUUGGGUUCUGUUGUAUUGUGUACUCCUUUCUUCACCUCCUGAAAAUCCCCGCUUUCUCUGUCUCUAUUUCUUCACCUCUCCGUGGGUCUCCUCCUCUCUCGCUUUUCGCUUUCUCUUCUACGGGUUUUCCACUUCAUAUCGAGAUUUCCACUCCGACUUUCUCGUUCUUUCUCUCUCUCUGUUUUUCUUUCUUGGGGCACCUGGGAAAUUUCGGCACCACCUGGAAAUUUUUCCAGGGAAAAGCGCGCCCAUGAGGUUGAUAGAAGAACUGCCUUUUAGUAACAGGAAUGGAGGUGAGGUCGAGGAAGGGGAGGGUGUAACUUUGGGCCAGAAUGAAUGUUGUCCGGUUGUGAAUGGUGGUGGAUUUCCCUCGCAGAAGAGGGUAGUUGUGGUUGGCUACGCUCUCACCUCUAAAAAGACCAAGAGCUUUUUGCAGCCAAAGCUUGAGGGUUUGGCUAGGAACAAGGGGAUACUCUUCGUUGCUAUUGAUCAUAAUAGACCUCUUUCAGAUCAAGGUCCUUUUGAUAUUGUGUUGCAGAAGUUAUCAGGGAAAGAGUGGCGCCAGAUUCUUGAGGAUUAUAGGCUGUCGCACCCUGAAGUUACUGUUCUGGAUCCUCCUGAUGCCAUACAACAUAUACGCAAUAGGCAAUACAUGCUUCAGGCUGUCGAUGAUUUGAACCUCUCUGAAUCCUAUGGCAGAGUUUGUAUUCCUAGGCAGCUAGUGGUCAAGAAGGACGCAUCUUCUAUCCCUGAGCUGGUUAACAGAGCUGGGCUGAUAUUGCCCCUGGUUGCAAAGCCCCUUGUUGCUGAUGGAAGUGCAAAGUCCCAUGAAUUAUCCCUUGCUUAUGGGCCAUAUUCUCUGCAAAAGCUAGAACCUCCUCUUGUUCUCCAAGAGUUUGUAAACCAUGGAGGCGUGCUCUUCAAGGUCUAUAUAGUUGGUGAUGCUAUUAAGGUAGUCAGACGGUUUUCCCUACCUGAUGUUUGCAAACGGCAACUCUCCAACGAUGAUGGCAUAUAUUAUUUUCCAAGGGUUUCUUGUGCUACAGCUUCCGCAGAUGAUGCAGAUCUGGACCCCAUCGUUGCUGAGCUUCCCCCACGACCUUUGCUUGAGAGACUUGCCGAGGAACUUCGAAGACGACUGGGCCUGCGUCUAUUCAAUUUGGAUAUCAUACGAGAGCUUGGAAAGAGAGAUGUUUAUUACGUCAUUGACAUAAACUACUUCCCGGGUUAUGGAAAGAUGCCAGAAUAUGAACAUAUAUUUACAGACUUCCUGUUGAGCCUGGCUCCUGGAAAGUACAAGAAAAAUCCGGGGUAGAAUUCAUAUUACAGCGUAUGAUGGAAGCGCUAGUGCCUCCAUGAGAAAUUCCAGGAUGAGAACUCGGGUUGGAAUUGCACCUUGAUCCUAUACACGCCAGCUAGACUAAUCUUGUGACUGAAACCUGGUGCAGCCACUGGAAAUAACAAUUGAUGCCUAUGUGUGACUCGUUGCAUCAGCAAGUAUUUACAGUAGACGGUCCUGUGUGUGUUUCAAGAGCCUCGUGGCUACACACUGUUAUGACUGGAGAAGCAAGGGGCCAGUACUUAUUGCACUGCGAUUUGAAGGAGCGAUCGUGAUUGCCACCACAAAUGUUGAUAGCAAGAUCGAUUUUUCUUCCUUUAUAGUUUACAACGGCUCCUCUCUAACUAGAGAGAUAGGUAGAUGGAUUGCAAAUGUAUUAAUGACAGUUUUUAGCUGUAAAUAGCCGAAGGGGAGAGUUUGCUUUGCAGAAUUUCAUUAACCCUUUGUAAAUGGAAUGUAAAUUCAGUUGCAUCUGUCUCCUA